GUGGUUACCCGCCCGCAUAAGCAUAAGCGCAGCACCGCAGAACCCGCCGUCGAAAGGUGUCCGCGUCUCCGCGCCUCCGACUCCGCGGCCCUGCUAGCGAGCGAGCCACUAGAAAGUUUUGAAGAUUUCCGCUUUGAGCAACCCUCAACCAUAGCAGCACGUCGAAGACAGUCUCGAACGUCAACGCCGUCAACUCUAUCCCGACGCUCGCCAUCCAGGCGCAAUACUUGAUUAGACUCGAGGCCACUCGCCUGCCCCCUCGGCGAUUCGAUUGGGAGUCUCAGGUAGCCCGUUGCUCGGCGAGGCGCAAUAGGUAGCCGAACUGCCCAGCCAAGUCAGUCAAUCAUGAGCCGGUGAAAUCCCUUCAAGUGCGACCGCAAUCAUGGGGAAGAAGCGGAAAUUGGCGCAAGGCAGCGCGCGUCCUGCUAAGCUCGCAAAGCGUGUCCCUCCUAAUGGCAGCGCAAAGAAGUCUACAACCCCCGGCGCAAACCCGCAACAGAAGCAGGGCGCCAACAACGGUGCCCCUCCAAAGCAACAACAGCGCCAUACCGAGCCAAUCAUCCCCUUCUCUCCCGAAGACAAGAUUCUCCUAGUCGGCGAUGGCGACCUCAGCUUCGCGGCCUCGCUGGUCGAACACCAUUACUGCGCUGACGUCACUGCGACGGUGUUUGAGAAGAACCUUGAUGAGCUAGUGGAGAAAUACCCUCAAGCUUCAGACAACAUCGCCAAGGUUGAGGCCGAGGAUGACUGCCGGGUAUUGUUCGGGGUUGAUGCGACGAAGAUGGCGCCUUUUACCAACAAGCCUGGGCGGGGCAAGGGAUCAGGACCAGAGAGCGCCAAUGCGCAUUCCGUAACUGCCAACGGUGUUAUGGAUCGCAUCAUAUUCAACUUCCCGCACGUCGGUGGAAAGAGUACGGAUGUGAACCGACAAGUUCGGUACAAUCAGGAGCUACUGGUGUCUUUCUUUCAGCGCGCGACCCCAUCGUUAAGCCCAGGGGGUUCCAUCAUCGUGACACUGUUCGAGGGUGAGCCGUAUACACUUUGGAACAUUCGAGACCUUGCAAGACAUAGUGGUCUGCAGGUCGAACGGAGCUUCCGGUUCCAGGCGAGUGCAUACCCGGGCUAUCACCAUGCGCGAACUCUUGGUGUCGUUCGAAACCGCUCCGGCGAGGUCGGCGGUGGAUGGAAGGGUGAAGACAGGUCCGCGCGAAGCUACAUCUUCGUGAAGAAGGAUGCCGAAAGCCGUUCAUCGGAGGCUCAAAACGGCACAAAACGAUCGAGAAAAGACGAUAGUUCUUCUGAUGAGGAGUAAUUGUUGAGUCGCCAAAGCCUGCUUGGAGGCUUUCAGCUUGCUAUGUACCAGCGGUUCAGGGAAUGCAUCGGCUCUGGUUCGCAAAGUACAGAUAUACGGGGUCAGGGUUGGAAUGUGUAAAAUGAGAUAAUCCUCCCAGUAGACACUUAUAUGGUCGCCAUACCAGCGACUGAGCUUGUUGUACGAUAUACUACGACCUCUACGGGGAACAAGUCUCGUAGUAAAGUGCUAUAUAUGAUAGUAAUACUUGUCAUCAGACCUUUCUAACUUGCUCAUACAGGGACAGCGGGGUUGGUAGAAUAAUAUACCAAAAUAAUGAAGGCUGCAAAUGUGUCCAUAUCUAUCCUCUGUUCACGUCCAACUAGCCGACUCUAUUAGUGUCUCUCUGC